AUGGAUGCAAAUUCCAAUUCUGUCUGUCGGCUCUGUCUGAGGUCGAAGAAGCAUCUUCAGUCAAUUGUUGAUGGUGCUUUUGAGGCAGUUUCCUACUUGGAUGUUUAUUCUGAAUGCGUUGGGAGGACACUUGAGGACUUCCCUGAGUACCCAAUGAAGAUGUGUAGGAAGUGUGAGAAUGAGAUGCUUAUAGCCUAUCAAUUUAGGCUGAAGUGCCUGGACACGGAGGAGAAAUUGAAAGCUGCGACGGAACAGACUGAAUUUGUGGACGUCAAGGAGGAGCCGGAGGAUGUGAGGGGUGAAAGUGAUGAUCAGGAUGAGACUGAGGAGAAAGAGGAAGAUGUCCCGGUGCGCCGUCGUAGGAGUAAAUCUGCCGAAGGGGAAGACGAGAAGAAGUAUCCGUGUGAAAUUUGUGGGAAUCGGUAUCCCAGUAGGAAUUCCCUGAAUGCCCAUCGGUGGCAUAUUCAUAAGCUCAGGCCACCUGUGAUGCCGUGUAAACGCUGCGGAGGGAACUUCAAGACUCGCCAGGAGAAGAAUGGACACGAAUGCUUGAGGCAGUGUGAGCACUGCGGGAAGAAUAUCAGCGGGAAGCACUUUGCCAUGCAUCUCAUGAGGCAUACAAACACGAAGAAGGAAUACAAAUGUACCCUCUGUCCAAAGGAAUACUUCACUCCGGCGGAUCUGUCCAAGCACAAGCUCGUGAGUCACGUGAAGAGUGAAUUCACGCUGUGCGUCAUAUGCGGCAAGAUGGUAAAGCAAUCGAAUCUGCAUAUGCAUGCCAAGAGUCAUCAGCCCAAAUCCGAAGCCACCAAGAAGACCUUCCCAUGCGAGGAGUGCAGCAAAGUCUAUUGCUCAGCAGCUAGCCUGAGGAUUCACGUGGACACGAUCCAUUUGGGCAUGAAGGUGCUAAAAGUGAAAUGCCCUCAUUGUCAAAUGGGCUUCAAGGAGCAUUCGCAUCGUACAGCUCACAUCUACAAAUACCACCUGAAGAAGCCACUUUUCUCCUGUGUUCACUGUCAGAAGGACUUCUACCACAAAUCCCACUUCAACAACCACAACAAAGUCCAUCAUUCCUUUGAAAAACUCUACCACUGCAGCAUAUGCAGCAAGGCAUUUGCACUAGACUCACGGCGAAAAAUGCACGAGGCACUGCAUUCAGAUGAACGUCGUUUUAUGUGUUCCACCUGCUCCAAAUCCUUCAAACUUCGCAAUCACUUGAUCCGGCACAUGCGAGGCCACACUGGCGAGAAGAUCUUCUGCUGUCCACACUGCAGCAAUCUCUUCUAUUCCAUUCGCAGCGUCCGGGGGCACGUGAAGAGGGAUCAUCCGGAUAAGGAAAUGCCACCGCCUGGGACAAUUCUGUCCAAGAAGAAACUCGAUCAAUUGGCAAAGCAACGAGAGCUUGAACAAUCCCUCCUAAACAUUCCAGUAGAUCCACAACUCCUGCCCACGUCCAUUCAGGCAAAGCUUCAAGCUGACCCGGAAAGCACUUCAUAAACAAGAAAAUAAACUUAUUCAUAGUGAGAAUUCGCUAACUUCAGUUCAAAGUUCAAAUGUAUCUUAUUAACAAAGAAUAAAUCACAGCAAAAAUGCAUGCCCUUACCCAAGAGCAGGGAGAAUCCUGGAAGUAGACUAAAUAAAAAAAUAAUAAUUCUAAUUAGGAAAUUAAAUUCGAAGCAUUGAUAG